CUUCAAGUUCAAUGUGGCUUCUUUGCAGAGAAGGCGAGAACGCGCUCUGUCCUCUGGCAGUUGCUUCGGAAGAUUUGUGCACUGCAGCUGUCUCCAUCAGAAAGGUGAUCGAGAAGCAAGAAUGCCUGAAAGAGCAAGCCGGGCCAAGAGCUAUGCGCAUUUGAAAGGGGCUGAUCAAAGAGGACGUUUUUAGGUGUAUUAACCAAGGGUGCCCAGAUUUGGAUUAGACCCCUUCGACAAGUAGCGACUCGCGAUUUUCGGACUUUGCAGAAAUUCCUUAAGCCCAGUAGAGAGUGGAAAGGCCUAUGCCAACCUGAGAGAAAACUUCUUUGUAGUAUCCAAAGUCAGCUUGCAAAGUCGGAAGUGUGAAGCGUUGACAUGUCAGCAAGUACCUGUGCCCGGGGGGGGCUUGCUUCCUGCAGCAACCGGGUGCAUGGCACACAAGCAAGAACCGACAAGCCGGAUGGGUUGCCCUCCCUCCGGCAUCCUCUGAGGAUCCAUUUCGCCACACACUCCGGCCUCAAGUGUCUGCACUUCCCCAGAAACCCCGAACCCCCACACUCUGUCUCCGGAAAGCAUUCCCCAGCACAGGCCAGCACUGGGCGCAAGGCUGCAAAGCCCAAGCCUGAGGUCGCGGAAGCGGCGCUAGAGGAGGACCGGCCCCCUAGGUCCUUCUGGGAGAAGCUAGUUGCGGCGUUUGAGAUCUUCUUCCCCCCAGCCCAGGUCCAGGAGGCCCCGCGGCAGCGCGCAAAGCAGCGGCUGCGAAUGAUUCUGGUGGCCGACCGCUGCAGCGUGUCGCCCACGUCGGUGUCGCAGAUCAAGAAGGCGAUCGUGGAGUCGCUGUCCAACUUUGUGGAGAUUGAGCAGGAGGACAAGGUGGACCUGAACAUCACGACGGAUCCCAAUCUGGGGACCAUCUACAGCGUCAGCGUGCCGGUCCGGCGGGUGAAGCCCGAGUUCGACAUCCAGACCGAGUACGAGAACAAGGAGUUUUACUUUGACAGUGACGGCGAGCAGAUUCGGUCGUUCGAUCUGAGCUUUGAAGACAUGCAGCCGGAUGUUGUGGGGUCAAAGGACGGCGCUAGUGUGCCAGCGCCAAAGUUGCCGGACGCAGUGCAGCGACGGAGAGGGCCCGUGUUGCCUGAUGCACCAUUCGUGGAUGGCAGGGGGCCGCCUGAUGGGCCUACUUGAGUUUCGAUUUUCAGUUAGGACUGUACAUUAUUGUAGUGACGUAGAAUUAGCCACUGCAUGUUUGACGUUUCCUCACCGGGAACAUGCUCGGGGAACAGGGGACACGCUUGGGUAGUCGAUGAAUGGUGCAAUCGAACAGUUUACAAGGAUGUGCUUCUCUAGCAAGCGAAGUGUCUGCCACUUCAAAAGACAGACUAGCUUGGUACCUGAUGAUGUAAACAGGAGGUCCGUGCUCAAAAAAUGAAGCCCGGGCACACACCCAGACUGAGUACCGGGGUAGUCUACAGGAAAGAUUGCUCUUAAAGUGGGCGUCCGAUUUCAAAGCUCCGGAAAUGCCUACUCCGUGCAUCUGAGUCCUUUUUCAACGGACCCGAUUGCAAGUUCGGC